CCGUCUCAGACAGACUGCCAGAAAUACGGACGUCACCUCUACAAUCUACAUACUCCCAGCCUCCCACACCCCGCCUUCCCCCCGCACCCACACCCGCGUUACGGUCAAUGCCACUCCUCCCCGAGUCGUGAUUAAGAUGUCAGAACCCGCGCCCGGCGCCCACCCGCCCAGCCCCGCGCGGCCAUGCCCUGUGCGGCCCUCAUCCUAUCUGCGGCCGCAGCAACGGGCCCCAGCUGCGACUCCAUCUCCGCCGUCGCCGCCGCAACAGCCGCCAGCGGAACUAAGUGCUGUUGAUAGGGAGCAGGCUGAGGGACUGAAUGCCAUCCGAGAAUUCCUCAAGAUCCGUACCAGCUAUGAUGUGCUGCCGGUUAGCUUUCGGCUGAUAGUGCUGGAUACGGGACUGCUAGUCAAGAAAAGUCUCCUCAUCCUGGUGCAGAAUGGUAUCGUUUCGGCGCCCCUGUGGAACUCAAAGACCUCGGCGUUCGCGGGGCUCCUCACCUCCACGGACUACAUCAACGUGGUGCAGUACUACUGGCAGAACCCCGACAAGCUGAGUCAAAUCGACGGGUUCCGGCUCGACAGCCUGCGGGAAAUCGAGCAAGCCAUCGGCACGACUCAGAUCGAGACUGUAUCUGUCAACCCGAUGGUGCCCUUAUUCGACGCGUGCCGGCGGAUGCUGCGCAGCCGGGCGCGGCGCAUCCCGCUAAUUGACAUCGACGACGAGACGCAGCAGGAGAUGGUGGUGUCGGUGCUCACGCAGUUCCGCAUCCUGAAGUUUAUCGCGUUCAAUGUGCGCGAGACCCGGCAGCUACGGAAGCCCCUGCGCGAGAUCGGGAUCAUGACUGAGAAGGAUAUCGCUACCGCCAUGAUGGAUACCCCCGUCAUCACCGUCAUACAUUUGCUCGUCCAGAGGGAUAUCAGUAGUGUGCCCAUUGUCGAUGCUAAUGGCAUCCUCUUGAACAUCUACGAAUCAGUCGACGUCCUAACGCUGAUCAAGGGCGGUAGCUAUCAAGACCUAUCACUAAGCGUAGGCGAAGCGUUACUGCGACGUCCCGACGACUUCUCGGGUGUACAUACGUGCUCUCUCAACGACAGUCUGGACGCAAUAUUCGACACGAUACGGCGCUCGCGCGUGCACCGGCUCAUGGUCGUCGAGCCCGACGGAAGGCUCAUGGGCGUGUUGACGCUGAGUGAUAUUUUGCAGUAUAUUCUGUUUAGCGGGGAGUAAUAGGGUUGUAUGGGUGGAUAGAUGAGGUGUGGUGUCGGCGGCGUAUAUGAUAAUGCCUGUGGAAGUGGGGGAUGGCGGG